AUGUGCGGUGGGCGAAGCUUUAUGCAAAGCCUACCAGCGUUGUACGGUGUGCUGCUGGAACGAGCAGACACGGUAACGAAGGGAAUCCAGAAGCAGCAAUCGUGGUCCCUACUCUUUGCCGACGAUAUCAUGCUUGCGUCGGACUAUCGAGAUGAUCUUCAGAAACAAGUACAGUCUUGGAAGCUGCAGCAACAUGGAUUGCGCCUCAAUGUAUCAAAAACUGAGUACAUGGAGUGCGGAGUGUACCUUGGAUCCACAGUGACUGCCAAAAGCGACAUUGAUCAAGAAGGUCGAGCACGUGUUAAUGUGGUAUGGAUGAAAUGGAAAGUGACAACAGGCGUACUGUGCGAAAAGUCCCUGUCCACCGAAGUCGAAGAUCUACAGGACUGUUGUGCGUCCUGUUGCCCUUUACGGAUGCGAGUGCUGGCCGGCGCGAAAACGUUGGAAAGAGUGUUGCACGCUAUGGAGAUGCGGAUGUUGGGGUGGACGAUAGGUGUAGCGCUAAAAAUCAAAAUAUCCAACGACACUGUAUGCUCCGUUUUCAGCGUCGUCCUAAUAACUGAAAAGGUGAAGACGACGCGACUGAGGUGGUUUGGUCACCUCUUGCGGCGAGAGGAAAAUUCUGUUGUCAAAACCGCUCUGAUGCGAGAUGUUUCAUGCGUGAGACCGCGCGGCAGACUAAGGAUUCACUGGUUGGACCGUGUGGAGCUGGAUAUAAUAGAUGCGCACGGCUGA